UGGCAAGUGAGUUGCAUGCAUUUCCGGUGUUUCUGGGUUCAAAGAAUCUGUCCAUCCACCAUGAUCAUAGAGUUCUGUGUUCCUCAUUCUAUGGUACUACAGUAAAACUGGUGCAUUCAAAUAAUGUAGGAUCAGGUUUUCCCUUAGGCAAGUUCUUGAGUGUUGCACAGAGGAACACAACAAAAAGAUUCUUGGCUACUUCUACUCUUGCAGAUGUUGCAAAUGAUUUUAUGGCACUUCAAUCACCAAUGGUUGCAGGACCACAAGCUGACCCAAAAACUGUUGCAUCCAUCAUAUUAGGCGGUGGAGCCGGAACGCGCCUUUUCCCUCUUACUCAAAGAAGGGCUAAACCUGCUGUUCCAAUUGGAGGAUGCUACAGGCUAGUAGACAUACCAAUGAGUAAUUGUAUUAACAGCGGAAUCAACAAAAUUUAUGUCCUUACACAAUUUAAUUCUCAGUCCCUAAACCGCCACAUUUCAAGAACAUAUAAUUUGGGAGGUGGCAUAAACUUUGGUGGGGGUUUUGUGGAGGUAUUGGCAGCAACUCAAACGGCCGGUGAAUCAGGGAAGAAGUGGUUUCAGGGUACUGCUGAUGCUGUAAGACAAUUCCUCUGGUUGUUUGAGGAUGCUGAGCAUAAAAACAUAGAGAACAUCUUGAUAUUGUGUGGCGAUCAGCUCUAUCGAAUGGACUACAUGGAACUUGUGCAGAAACAUGUUGAUUCGCAUGCUGAUAUAUCGGUGUCUUGUCUCCCAGUUGAUGGCAGUCGCGCCUCUGAUUUUGGACUAGUUAGAGUUGAUGAAAGAGGCCGGAUACGCCAGUUCUUGGAAAAGCCAAAGGGGGACUUGUUAAGAUCUAUGCAUGUAGAUACAAGUGCUCUUGGAUUAUCAGCUCAAGAAGCAAGGAAUUUUCCAUAUAUUGCCUCAAUGGGUAUAUAUGUGUUUAAAAUAGACACUCUACUAAAACUUCUAAGGGAAUGUUAUCCUAAUGCAAAUGAUUUUGGAUCCGAAGUCAUUCCAAUGGCUGCAAGAGAUUUUAAUGUCCAGGCAUGUCUUUUCAGUGGUUAUUGGGAAGAUAUUGGGACUAUAAAAUCCUUCUUUGAUGCAAACUUGUCCCUUACAGAUCAGUGUCCCAAGUUUCAGUUGUAUGAUCAGUGCAAGCCUAUUUACACAUGUCCUAGGUUCCUACCACCAACUAAAAUGGAGAACUGUCAGGUAGUUAAUUCUUUGAUUUCAGAUGGUUGUUUCUUAAGAGAGUGCAAUGUUGAACAUUCCAUUGUGGGAAUUCGCUCGAGACUUGAUUCUGGCGUGCACCUUAAGGAUACUAUGAUGAUGGGUGCUGAUUAUUACCAAACAGAAGUUGAAAGAGCAGCUAUGUUAGCAGCAGGGCAUGUUCCAGUAGGUAUUGGGAAAGAUACCAAAAUUGUGAAUUGUAUAAUUGACAAAAAUGCAAGAAUUGGAAGCAACGUCAUCAUUUCAAACAAAGAAAAUGUGCAAGAAGGUGACAGACCAACUGAGGGGUUUUAUAUUCGAUCAGGAAUCACUGUGAUCUUGAAAGAUGCUAUCAUAACCAAUGGCACAAUCAUUUAGUGAUACUUGCAUGCAUGGAUGGAUGGAUGGAUGGAUGAUUAUCAUUUAUCAACAUGUAUGUGAUGGCAUUACAUGUAGCAUCAUCAAAAUGGCUGGGAGGGUAUAGUA